AUGUAUUUAUGUCUCCUCAGUCACUCCAGAGCCACAGUCCAGAGUAGGUCCACGCUUCCAGUCACUCCAGAGCCAUAACCUACAUUCGAUCUACAUUUCUAUCAUCUGCUUCUUAAGUGCUCCAUACUCUGAGGAGGAUGAAGGGGACGACGCUGCUGCUAGUGGUGGUGACGGCGUGCGGCCUCCCAGCCCAGGUACUCUCCGUCUGGCCCGUCAUGAGCGACUACAUCGACUUUGUUGUGACAAAAAGUUGCUUCGGCGAAGAGACAGCGGUGAUGCUCGAGAAGAUGGGACGAGAGAUGGGGGCGACCUGCUGGAUGAUGGAAUGGCAACACAUGUACGGCUUCCCCAGGGACCAGGUGACGAGGAAGAGAAGGAACCUCUUGAAGAUGCCCACAACUCCCUCCGACAGCCUCCUCGCUUGCAACCUCCGAGGUCUCAACUUGCUGACGGCCGAGAAUGUGAUGAAUUACGAUGUAGUGGACACGUGGCUGAAGAACAACAUGACGGACACUGACUUGAGCGGGAAGCUGCUGGAGGCGUCGUCGACCUGCAAGCAACUUCAGGUUCCUCUCCAGAAUCUGCCUCUCGACGAGUCUGACAGCUCGCUGCUCAAGGGCGUCCUCGCCUUCAGGACUUACAUGAACUGCAUGAACGCAGAGGGCACCAAGUUAUGCAAGGAGAAGGAGCUGAAUCGUUUCAUGGAAAAGAUGGAAGGGAAAUAGGCAUUGAACACCUUAGCCAAUGUCUUCUGGACGAAUCUUGAGACGUCUGCCUUACCCUCUCACUGACAUCUGUGACGACACUUGCGUAUCAGAGCUCAUUUGAAAUGUGUUAUGAUACAUUGGCUUCAUUGGCUUCCAAGUAGCGCCUGUACUGUUGCCACUCACUUCUCUACAUGUUAAUAAGAAUUUUGUCCCCGGCCAAGAGACCAGCAAGAGCCAGACACAAUACACACGCUCACAGCCCUGCCAAACAGCAGCCGGACACCAGGGAUACAGUUCAGGCUGUCUUAUGUACACAGGAAGCUUUUAUUAUUACAAUUACUAUUAUUUAAACAAGUUGAGGUAAUGUCCAGUGAAAUAUAUUCCAUAUUAAAGCAUACCUGUAUUGAUACAUUAAGACUCAUUAAAGUUUCCCGGUUGCUUUGAGAGUUCUGCUUGUCAGUAGCACAAUGUGUAAAACAUAUACAUAAAUAUAUAAUAAUUUGUCACCA